GACGUCAUAGAAUCAAAAUGAUUGGGAACAUUUAUUUUGUUGUACAAGUAUUUGAUUUCAGCUUUUAAUCUAUACGCACUUAGAUUACUUAGAGAAGAAAUUAUUAAUAGAUCACAUACUAAAGAAAUCAAAAUGAGCGAACUAACUCCAGAUGAGAUGAGGAGAAGAAGAUUGGCUCGCCUUGCUGGUAUCCAACCUAGUACACCGGUAUCAGUACCAACUACUUCCAGUUCAAUAUCACCUUCAGCUAGUCCACAAACUACACGAAAUCCACCUCCUAGUAGUUUAGGAAUCGAAGCAGCUUCUAUGGAAUCUGAAGCUACCAGUCCUAGUCUAGAUACAGUUGUAAUGGAAUCUCAGCCUAGUCAAACAAUGGAAAUAGAUACAGAGGGUACAGAGAAAAAUUCUCAGUGUCAGAUGGAUGUAGACUCUGGUAUAGAAAAUAUGGAAACUGAAGAUAGUGAAGUCAGUAAACCAGAGAUUAAAAGACACAGGGAUACUAGUAUUGGAUCAGAAGCUACUGAAGAUCAGAUAUUAAAUGCUGUUAGUCGUGUUUUUACUGUGUCAUGGAAAGAUUCUACUACAGACACUCUUCAUUUACCAGAACUAGGGGAAGUAAUUCAGCAACAGCAAGGUAGUGUAGAUUUCCGUGAUGUGAUAAACCAGAUAUUGAUGGAGGUUUUAAUGAAGAUACAAGGCAGUACUGAUAAUCCCUUAUUGACCUUACGACCCGUGACCCCAGCUGUCUCACCUAUGAAAAGCUACAGUAGUAGCCCUCGCAGUAUAAGCCCAAUGCAGCUAACACCUGAUGUACCUAAACGAGAAUUUGUAUCACGUUGUGAACCAGUAAAAUGUAAAGAAGUCAAUAUGAUAAACUAUUUACUAGAUUGUUAUGAAAGAGUUGGUAUAGAAGAAAGAACAGCACCCAAGAGAUCAAGUAUUCCACCAAUGAGUGAUGUAUUAUCAAUAGCUAGAAAUCAAUGUGUCUGUUUAACAUCACUCGUAUUACAAGGAACAUUUUCUACCAACAGGAGUUGUGUUAAUGGUACAUCUCAUUUACUGCCCUAUCUCAUGUCACAUAAUCUACCUCGAGGAUUUUUACCCGAACUUGUACAGACUGUUUGCCCUGACUGGGAUGGGUUCUCACGGGUAUUCAGUCCUUUAUUACAAAGUUUACAUCGUAUGAUGCAGACAGUAUAUUUAGAUACAGACGAUUAUAGAGAACCCUUAGCUAUAUUAGCUGAAUUAUGUGAGAUCAAGAGUACUAGCUAUAGACCUAUAUGUAAACUUAUAACAGAACAAGGUAACUGGAAUUACCCUGCUGUAUCAAAAGCCAGUGGCUUGGAGGUUGAAAAACUCUCAUUUCUCGGGCCCUUCCUUGGUCUCUCAGUUUUUGCUGAAGAUAAUGUUCAUGUGGUUGAGAAGUUUUUUGCUGGUCCACCUCAGAUGUUACGAGCCGACACGUUAAACGUAGCCUAUCAGUCCUUACGUCACAGGCUAGAAUAUGCCAGGACUGAACUUCACAAAAUAAUACAUGCCAUGUUAGUUAAUAGUGAUACACGUGAUGCCGCUAUGGUCUACCUCACUGCAGCCUUACAGCGCAAUUCUAGCAGAUCUCAGUUACAGGUAGAUGAAAAGUUAGUAUGUGGAGAUGGUUUUAUGUUAAAUUUACUGUCUAUAUUACAAAAAUUGUCAUUUAAAGUUGUCGUUAGUAAGGUUGAUCCAUAUUAUCCAUUCCAUCCUGACUGUAGAAUAGAUUUCUCAACAGAAACAUGUUUUAAUUGUUCUACUGAAGAUCUCAGUGAAUGGAAAAAUACACUCAAAAAACAAUCUCCACCACCAUGGCAAGAUCCUAAAUUUCCAACACAGUGUUUUUUCCUGACUUUGUAUUCUCAUCAUCUGUCUAUUAUUCCAAUAAUUGUCAAAUAUCUGCGGCGUAUACGAUUUGUACGACAGCUGUCCCAUAAUAUUGAUGAAUUAGAACGUUUGAAAUCUCAAUGGGAAAAAACGGCAGCUUCAGCACGGAAUCAGCAAUUGCUCAAAACCUGGAAGUCACAAAUACAACGUCUACAAAAAAGUAAAUUAUGUGCCGAUGCUGGUGUAUUAGAUCCACUUCUGUUACAGCGUUGUUUACAAUGUUAUUCACAAGUAGCAGAUUAUCUUCUCUCAUUGGCUGAUCCUCAAAGGAGCAGUUCCAGUCUGCCCAAUCUAUCUGAUGUACCUAUGCAAUUUCGAGCACUGCCAGAAUACUUUCUAGAAGAUUUAACAGAUUUUCUUCUAUUUGUCUUACAGAAUCAGCCAGCAGUGUUAGAGGAUAUCAGUAUCAAUAAGAUCCGAGAUGUUAUAAUAGUAUUUGUAUGUUCAGACUGUAUAACUAAUCCCCAUUUAAAGGCCAAAGUUGUGGAAGUUAUAUUUUAUUUCCAACCGUCUAUACAACCGAAAGCUGAUAAAAUCAAUGAAUUGCUGCUCAAUAAUUCUACUGCUCUCAACUAUCUAGUUCCUGCCCUCAUGAAAUUUUACACAGAGAUUGAAACAACUGGUGCUAGUUCAGAGUUUUAUGAUAAAUUUACUGUUAGAUAUCAUCUCAGUAUUAUAUUUAAAUCACUGUGGAGUAUGCAAAUACAUAAAUCAAAAUUUAUUUCUAAUGCCAAUAAUGGUAAAGAUUUUGUAAAGUUUGUGAAUAUGUUGAUGAAUGAUACAACGUUUUUACUAGAUGAAAGUUUAGACUGUUUAAAGAGAAUACAUGAAGUACAGGAACUUAUGGAUGGCUCAGAAUGGAAUACUCUAUCUAAGGAUCAACAACAACAGAAACAAAAAGAUUUAUCAGUUGAUGAAAGACAAUGUCGUAGCUAUUUAACACUAGCUUCAGAAACAGUUGAUAUGUUUGAUUAUUUAACUACAGAAAUCAAAGAACCAUUUUUAAGACCUGAAUUAGCAGAUAGAUUAGCAGCUAUGAUGAAUUUCAAUCUACAACAGUUGUGUGGUCCCAAAUGUAAAAGUUUAAAAGUUAAAACUCCAGAGAAAUAUGGUUGGGAACCAAAGAAGUUGUUAAAUAGUCUAACUGAUAUUUAUCUUCAUUUAGAUUGUGAAAAAUUUGUUGAAGCCAACUGCAAUGAUGAGCGCUCCUAUAGUAAAGCUUUAUUUGAUGAUGCUAUAGCUAGGAUGACAAAAGCUUGUAUUAAAACCACCAGUGAAAUAGAACAGUUUCGUAGUUUACAACAAAAAAUAGAACAAGUACUGGAGAAAAAGAAUCAAGUUGAACUAGAUUAUGGCGAAAUACCAGAUGAUUUUAAAGAUCCAUUGAUGGAUACCCUGAUGUCUGACCCUGUGGAACUACCCAGUGGAAAUAUCAUGGAUCGUCCCAUCAUAAUCCGCCAUUUACUUAACUCUCAAACCGACCCCUUUAAUCGUCAGGAAUUAACAGAAGAUAAGCUCAUUCCAGCCACUAACUUAAAAAAGCGUAUUGAUGAUUGGAGAAGGGAAAAAGAACAAUCGUGUAAAAAGAAGAAAAGUUCAUGAAUAUAUAAUAAUAGUCAAUAAUAAUGGUGUGUGUGUCUGUGAUGUAAGAUAAAGAAUGUAUGAUGCUGUGAAAUUGUUUCUUUCGUGCGGAAUAUUGUUAUAUUUUUAAAAAAAAACAGUGUUUCUUUCUUUUUCUUUUGUUGUCGGGCUGAACUAUUUAGCAUGUAGAAUUGUAGCAGUGUAAAUUAUUUCAUACUUUUAACUAUUUAAAAUAAGAAAAAAGAAGAAAAUAUUUGAUUUUGGGUAGGUUAUUUAUUAAUUUAUGUUUUUAAUCGUAUUUAAAAAUAUUUAUUUAUUAAAAAAAAAAUUGAAUGUUUUUAGAAUUGUAACAAGCAUUUUGUUUAGUUUAGAUUUUGAUAUUGUCCUUGCAUGUUCAGAAUGCAUUUGUAAAUUUGGAAAAACCAUUCUGCCUGUCUUGGUUGAUGAUACCGAAAUCAUUUGUUUUAAGACAUUGUGUCAUAUAUUUAUUUGGCCAUGUGUGAUAAAACAAAAAUCCUUACACGUUUCUACAUGAAAAAAUGAUCUAAUUGGUCAAUGAAAUAAUUCCCAAGUAUUCAGCAACAAAAAACAAAUGAUUUUGCUGUCAGAGAGCCAGGGUUGAGAGCUAAUAAGUUUCCAAGAAUGUUUGCCUUCUAGAUCUUACCUGUAUUUAAGAAAUCAUCAUGUCUUUUCAUACUCAUAGUAGUUGAAUUAUAAAACCUAAAUUGUAAAUUACGUAUUUCGGGAUUUGGCCCAGUUUGUACUUUUAUACCCAAAUAUUACUUUCGAUAAAAGAUGAAACUAUAUUAACCUUAUUUUUUUCGAGUAGAUUAGCAUUUAGAAAUAAGGGCUCUUGAAGUUUGUGUGAAAGUCAUACUCUAUUGUUUGGUAAGAUUCACUUUAUUAGCCGUUGGCUUUGAAACAUUUUUUAUAAGAGGAGGUGUGGGGGAGGUCAAUGUGCAUUUUGUUUUUCCUUGAAUUUCUGUAGCCUUUUAGGAAAUGUGGAAGUUGGGUAAUGUUUCCUUAAAUUCUGGUAGCCUUUAGAUAAUGUGGUAGUUUAAACAAAUGUUUUAUGAUCAACAAGCCCCAUGUUUGAAAGAAUUGACUUUCAAUUUUAUUGUUACUUCAGUUUAUAUACCUACAUCACCAAAGUACUCUUGAUAAUUGUUUUUAUUAUGAGGGGCAUGUAAGGAUAUCAUUCGGCAGAGUCUUCCGAGGUGUGCCGAAUAGUAAGGAUAUAUGACGUUUAUAAGCAAUAUACAGUUUGCAAUACCAGUUCUUGCACAAAGACCAAAUGCAUAUUAUACUUUUUUACCUUAUAGAGGAGAAAUAUAGAUAAAAAGUUCUUAUGUUUUUCAAUAGAAUUGAAGUUUAGCAACUAAAUUCCUAAGUCACAUUUAGGUUAAUGGAGCAUGACAUUCUUGAUUUAGGAUAAAUAAAGUGACCAUUUAUCGUAAACCUUAAUUCAACACUCUAUUUUGACCCAAAUCAAAAUGUCCUGGUCCUUUAAAUAUGUUUUAAUGCACAACAAAUAAUUACCAUUUAAACCAAUAGCUAAUUUUGCAUUUAGUAAAAAAUGUUGGUGCAUGCUUUAUCUACAAGCAUAACAAAGCAAUGUUGCUUAUGGUUUUGAAUAGAAUUGACCUUUCCUAUCAACUAAAUUCCCAAGGUAAUUAGGUUUUAAAGGAGCAUGACGUCCUUGCUUUUGGAUAAAAAAUUAAAGUGAUCACUUAAGUAAACCCUAAUUCAACACUUUAUUUCAAACCAAUGGCUAGUUUUGCAUUUAGAAAAAAAAAACUUGGGUACAUUCUUUAUCUGUAACAAAACAAUUUUUCUACAAUGUAUCAAAGAUGAAUACCUAACAGAGAUAAUAUUUUGUCAGAUUUCUCCCGAAUUUGUCCACAUUGAGAAGAAACAUUAAGAAACAAAUACUAUGAAAACUAGAUUUAAUAAUGCUUAAUUUUCAUAAUUGAAGAAGAAAACCUUUAUUUUUUAAAAAUUUACCGGCAUUCAUUUUGAUUUUAAGGAGUAAACUGACAAUAUGCUGGCAUUUGAUAGUUUACUCUAAUAAUCUCAUGUAACGUUUUGUAUAAUUCUCAUAUAUAUUACUUUUUUAAUAUUAAUAGAUUAUUUAUUUACUGAAAAAACUGUACUUAUACAUACAAACACUGCAUUUAUAUAUACAAGCACUGUAUUUAUAUCUACAAACACUGUAUUUAUAUCUACAAACAUUGUAUUUAUAUCUACAAACAUUGUAUUUAUAUCUACAGGUACUGUAUUUAUAUAUACAGGCACUGUAUACACUGGGGCAUAAAUAUGACAGGAAAUUACUAUUUUUUGGCUCAUCUUUACGACAAUAAAGAACAAAUUCUGUUCAGCCAUUCUGGAAAAUUGUACCACUUCCUUAUCUUUUACACUUCUUUAAUUAGGCUUUAAAAAUUAAAAUUCCCAUUUCCACUGCUUUGUUGAAUUGGCUGUCUUCAUUAGCCCAGUUGAUGCAGAACAGUAGAACGUUAAACCCUAUUUCAUUAUAUUUUCUGUUGAAUUGGCAGACAAAAAGGAGAGCAGGUAGAAGGUCCAAAUUUAUUAAAUAUGGUCACUGAUUUGAUCAAAUAAAAGAAAUCGGUAUGUGAGGAGAUGCACAGAAAAGGUGGCGUGCCAACGUUACCCUUAGUUAGUUAUGAUACAAAUUUUUUUUUUUUAUUUUCAAUGUAUAUAAUAAACAUAUAAUGUAAAACUGGAUUGUAUAUGUAUUAUUAUCUAUCAUUAAACUGUAAUAAAUGUGGAUAUGAUCCAAAUAUA